CAAGACCACGUCGUGGGCUACGGGAUGCUAGAAAUCCAUCGGAAUCGUACGAGGAUGGGCCAUUUCAAGAUCGGUAUCGACUGUCAAAAGAAACCGUCAUUUACAUCAUCAACAUGCUGGAAGCCGAAUUGAAGAGGGACACACAGAGGAAUGAUCCACUUCCCGUUUAUUUGCAGGUGUUGACGGCUCUCCGUUUUCAUGCAGUGGGAUCAUUUCAAAAGAUGCAUGGUGAUGAGGCAGCAAUAUCACAGUCAUCAAUGUGUCGAAUCAUCAAAGAUGUGUCAGAAGCUAUAGCAAGAAGGAAAAGGCAAUACAUGAAGUUUCCUUCGACAAGAGAAGAAGUUGAAGCAACUCAGCGACAGUUCUUCCAGUACUGCAGAUUUCCAGGAGUGAUAGGUGCAAUUGAUGGGACACAUGUCUACAUCAGGAGCCCUGGUGGGGAUCAGGCAAUAUACUUCCUCAACAGGAAGAAUAGAUACUCGAUCAAUGUUCAGGUUGUUUGUGAUCAGGCUGGGAAAAUAACAAGCAUCGUUGCCAGAUGGCCUGGCAGCACACCUAACUCCGCAACCGUAAGUCACUUUUCAACCAAACUUGGAUGGUAGAUGUACUUAGGCGACCUGCAUAUUAUGCUGCAGUCGGAGGUCACAUGGUAAGGUCAAAGUGUUCAAAGUUUUUGUAGAAAUGUACCAAACCCGACGGUGCUCUCACUCCAUGAUGUGUCACUGCAUCGUAGCAAUCCAGUCGGAUUUGAAAUGGUCUACACAUGUUGAAUAUAUGGUCAAGAGCGCAAAUAGUCGUUUAUAUGUUCUUCGCACUUUGAAAUAUCAUAGUCUGUAAUUUCAGGACCUUAUAGUUGUAUAUACUAGUUUCGUGAGACCAGUUGUUGAAUAUGCUGUACCUAUAUGGUCAGGAGCACUAACAAAACAACAAGUACAAGUCAUCGAACGUAUUCAGAAACGUGCCCUUAGAAUCAUUUUUGGAGCAGCAUAUUCUUCAUAUGAGCAUGCUUUACUCCAGUCAGAACUGAUGUCUCUUGAAGAUAGAUGGAUCAAACUCUUUGUCUUGCGUUUGCGAAGUCUAUGCAAAUCCCCACGUCUAAACUGUAUCACCUUCUACCUCAAAAUAGGACUUGUCAAUAUCAGACUAGAAGCUUGGCCGGAACAGUAGAGAUGCGAUGUCGAACUUCACGAUAUAGAAAUAGCCCCUUGCCCUCGUUGAUUCUGCACCUUAAAGAGAAAUUCCAGUAGUUGCAGUAAACACUGAUUUCAUGAGAAAGUCUGUAAAACAAGGCUUAAUUGUCAGUAUAUCAUCGAGGAUCUAGAUCUGGUACAGUUACAUAAACUGAACUUUGUGAAAUCUUGAAAACUACGCUGAAAAUGUUCAGGCUGAAGAUCCCCAACACAGAUAAGCGCACGUGGGACAGUGUAUAAUUAUUGCUUCGAAUGUCGGGCCCGACGCUCUACCCGAAUCCUGUGCUUAUUUGCUGAUUUCUCAGCAAUUACACAAUUUCUUCCAGAAUCCUUUGGCACAUAUGUUUUAUUUAUACAAACAGACACUUUGGUGGUCAUUUCAUUGGAUUCUGUACGAACUCAUUUUGAUAUCGUUACCAAAACUAGCAUUUACCUUUAACUCUAAAAGAAUUGAUUACAAGGAGUAGUUUUUUUUGUAUAUAUCUUCCCCUAUCGUU